CGCAGAGUGCAUAUUUGCGAAGGUGAUGAUCAAGUAGUUUACAUUCGCAACGAAAAUAUUACAUUUUCCCAUCUCAAUCUGAUCGCAACAUACGGGGAUAUACAUUUCACUAUUGUAUUCCACCUAUUUGUAUCAAAAGAACAAGUUGUCGGUUGUCUUUUGAAUAGUUGGAGAUAUCACCUAGUUGAAGCUCAACUUCAUCUACUCUGAAGAAUUGUGAAAACAACACAUUUUGCUUGGAGUACCCAUAUGACCUUUGACCUACUCACCUAGAUGAUGCUGCUGUAAAUUGGCGAAAAAGAUUGUUUGUUGGAUGUGCAAUGCUGCUUCAAGAUGGGGUCUAAACGAAAUGGAAGUACCACAACAGUUGUAGCCUUUGAAGGAGAGUUGAAUGGUAUCGUUAAAGAAUACCUGGAUUUUUGUGGCUUGGAACAAUCACAGAAAAUCUUUGAUGUAGAGACCAAGGCUAAAGGUCGCCCUAUAGAACAGCAAAUGAGAAAGCCAUGGAACAAACGAAAGGCAGAUCUUCAGUCGGACCUACUUGCUCUUUUCAAGACUGGAGCCAGAUAUGAAUUCUUCACCAUAUGGAAUGAGAAUGUUCCAGAGCCGGUCAGGAGCAAUGAUGCAGUCUGCAAGAAACUAGAGUUCUACCUUAACAUCUACUUCGCAAUCUUUCCAAUUAAAUACCACAUGAUGACAGGCAAGAAGGGACGGACCAAACUAGAAGAAGCAAUGGAAGAAUUCAAGAAGUAUUUAGAGACCGGAGGAGCAUCUUUGAGUCAGACGACAGAGUUCCUUCCAUUCUAUGCUCUCCCAUUCGUCCCUGAUCCUACCAAGCAUCCUUCAUAUAAAGAGCUCUUUCAGGACAGCUGGGUGCCUGAUCUGCAGGUACGGCUGGAGAAGUUCAUGGCUAUCACCCUUCCAGCUCACCCUCAACCCAGGUUAUUUGAGCUGUACCAGGAUAUGAACAGCAAGAACUCAGAACAGCUCCAGAAGUUACAGAGUGCUAUUGUCGAUGGAGAGAAACGCAAUAUGACCUACGUCAAGAGAUACAACAAAAUUCAGGCGGAUUACCACAAUCUGAUUGGUAUUACAGCAGAAUUAGUAGACACCCUGGAAAGCUGUAUCAAAGGAAAAACGGUUACACCCGAAUAUGUUCAGAGGGUAUGCCAGAGACUCUUCUCAAACCAGUUGAGUGAAUCAGUGGAUGUCACAAGACCUCCAACGGCUGCUUCAGUAUUGAAAGUUUCGAUGCAACCACAACACAGUACCAUCCCCGAAGAAAUAAGGGAUGCGUUGCCUAUACUGCCCUCGCUUGACUACAAGGUGGUGAAGAAAGACAUGGUAUCAGCAGAUGACAGAAGAGUGGCUUUACUACUCCAAUCCCUCAGAUGGCGUUUGACUCGCAGUGAGCCUGGUGAGCAGAGGGGUGAAGUGAUCUCAGCGUUCAUCAAGAAUGAUAUCUUAGGCUGUGCACAUCGGAGCUCCCACAGGGAGAAAGUUAUAGAGAUUCUUACUGCUGCUUCUGAUGAGGUAGUACAGCAAUACAUGGCAAGGCUCUUCAAUGCUUUUGCUUCACUCUCAGUCGGCAGGACAUAUCUUGGGCAGUAUCCUCACAUUGUUGAUACUCUUCAGAUAGCAUUACAGUCAGAAGAUAAAGACUCUAUCACCAGGGAGAACGCACUCGGCACCCUCCAGAAACUCAGUCUAAAGCGCCAUCUGCAGACAUCGAUGGUAGAGGGUGGUAUCAUCCAAUGGUUGGUUACAGUCUUAGAAGAUUCCGACUCCCUCUCCGACUACACCCUAGAAUACUCCAUAGCCUUACUCAUGAACCUGUGUCUUAGAACAUCGGGAAAGAGAAAGUGUAUUGAAGACAAGACACAGAUCCUUCAUGUCAUCAGUGAUCUACUCGGUCAUGAAGAUAAUGAGAUACGACCAUAUGUGAACGGCACACUCUACAGCAUCCUCUCAGUACCAGACAUCAGAGAGGAAGCCAAGUCUAUGGGUAUGGAGGAGAUCUUGAAAUGUUUCAUAAAAGAGGAUACACCAGAAAUGAACAGACAAAUUCAUUUCAUCAUCAAACAACUCAACUCAGAUGUGAUAGGAGACGAGGUGGAUUCAGAUGACGAGGAUGAUGAGGACGAGGAGGACCAAGACCAAGAUGCUAUGGAAGCUGACCUUGAUAAAGCUGAGGUCAUCACAGUACAGGACGGAGAACUAGUAGGAGAAAAACUACUCAUGGCAUAUUAUAUGUGGGAUGGAAGAACAGCUUCAAGAAGUGGAAGUCCGCAAUCCACAAGGCCUACCAGUAAACAAAGUGUUAUGGAGCCCUCACAUCCCAGUGGUACAAAUGGUCAGAUCUCUAGACCUCAGACGAGUAGUGGAAGCCGAGCAGGAUCAGCCCAAGCUCAACGAGGUGCUUCAGCACAUGAGCCAGCAGCGUCAGGAGAUCCAUCGGAAGAGAACGAGUCUGAACCAGCUCAACCCCACCCAGACAAACUAGCCACACCAGUCAAAAAUAAAUUCACUGGCAGAGUUGGAGAGUAUGACAAUGCCUUUGGGAGCAAGCCCAAGAUCCCAAGAACUCCGGAGCCAGGAAAUAGACCAGCGAGCAGGGGCAUGACCCCGCCCCCUCCUAUCAAAUCAUCCGAUUCCCCUCCCCUUAGCAGACCAGGCACAGGAACAAGCAGACAGAGGAAACGUAAUGCUCAGACACUUCCUCCUGUGGAAAAUGUGGAGUUGACAGAUCAAGCUCUUCCAGCGUUGAGUCACCCUCCCUCAAGAGAAGAUGCGUUGGCUACGCCUGAGAGUUCCAUCAGUAUUUACAUCAGUGAUCACGGAAGCACACCCUCCAACUACUCCAGAUCCAGACUAGGCUCCGUCAAAAGUGUAAGAUCAGUUGUGAGCCCAGGGGAAUUCGAUAGGAGUCCACCAGCAUCUGCAGCAAGUGCUGCCUCAAGAAGACAAGGCAGUGCUGGAUCGUCUGGUAGAAAUAAAUGAUGACAGGUGACUUGAUGUGGAGUGCUCAAUGGUGUACACCAUGCUUGAUUGACACGUCAUGAAGCAUCCUCACUACAGUGGAACCUGUUUAGAAAGA